AUGCGGAGGAACAGCAUUGACCAACCACCAGAUAAUCCUCUUGUCUUUGCAGACCUCAGGAUUGUUCUGUUGGGUAAAACUGGAUCAGGAAAAAGUUCAGCUGGAAACACCAUCCUGGGCCAGCAGUUGUUUACAAAUGAUGCUUCACUAGAGUCAGUUACUAAUACUUGUGAAAGAGGAGAAGCCAUGAUUGAUGGAAAGAAGAUCUCCGUCAUCGACACGCCAGGACGGUUUGAUACAAGACUGACAGAUAAAGAAAUGAAGAAGGAAAUUCUAAAGUGUGUAGAGAUGUCUGUUCCUGGUCCUCAUGUGUUUCUGCUGGUCAUCAGACUGGACGUGAAAUUCACAGAUGAAGAGAAAAAUGCAGUCAAAUGGAUUCAGGAGGAUUUUGGAGAAGAAGCUGCUCGAUACACCGUCAUUCUGUUCACUCAUGCUGAUGCACUGGAAAGACAGACACUACAUCAAUACAUAUGUGAAAGUGCAGAUCUCUGGGCUCUUCUUUCUCAGUGUGGUCGGAGAUAUCACUCAUUCAACAAUAAAGAUGAGGAGAACCGCUCGCAGGUCACUGAACUGAUGGAGAUGAUUGAGAAGAUGGUGGAGAGAAAUGGAGGAAAGCACUACACUAAUGAGAUGUACAGAAAGGUCCAGAAAAAAAAUGAAUGGCUGGCUUUAAAACGGAAAGCUAAAGACUAUGGAAAAGCAGCAUUAACUGUGAUAGGGGUAGGAGCAUUAGCAAUAGGAGCAGUUGCAGUAGUAGUAAAAGCAGGAGGAGGAGGAGCAGCAGGAAAAGCCGUAGCUGCAGCAGGAGGAUCAGCAUCAGUUGGAGGAGCAGCAGCAUUAGUCGAAGCAGCAGCAAACGUGAAGUUACUGUAGGAAUAUAGGCAAGUGACUCUAGAUAAAUACAAGAAUGAAAGUAAAACCAUGGGCCAUAUGUAUAGAACUUCUAAAAAAAAAAUGCUCUUAAGAGUAAACUUCUUAA